GCCCAAGUUUUAACAUUUAAGUUUAUAAUGGAUAUCAGGCUUCAACAACCAAAUUCAUCAUACAGAGGAUCCCAAACUGUGGCCUACGCCAAAACAUGUGAACACAUUGCUGGUAACUUUCUUGGGGUCUGAAAAUAUAAAGACAGUAACAGAUCUUAAGUCAUUACUGCUUUCCACCACAGCCAGUGUGUGCCAAUAGGUGGCGAUAGCGUGUCAUAUGGCGUUAAAAUCUCACAUCGAAGAAGAAUAAACGUUUUCAUGGCGGAACCGAACACGACGGCUGACUGUCAUAAUAAUCAGCAUGAAUUCAGUGAUUUAAUGACUAUGUAAUAACCAUAAGGUGCUAUUUGGACGAAAAAGAAAAUAGAAGUGUUAUAAGUAAGAUAUCAAAAUGAAUUCAGAUCACCAAAUUUGUCUAAUACGAAGUGAAGAGGAAGCCCAUAUUAUUGAGAUUGCGCUAAGAACAGCUGUUCUUAGCGUAGUAGAAGUGAUAAAUGACAUAAACAGAAGCCGAUUUCAGGACUAUCAAAGGAAAGUUACAGAAAAGGAAAAAGAGAACGCACAACUCAAAGCGGAGGUCGAUAAAGCAGAGAAAGAACUCGCGUUUCUACGCCAGCUUGUGGGGUUUCAGCAACAACAAAGUGGUGAAGGAAGUGUGAGGUGCAAUUCAAGCACUGACACACAUGUGCCAGACAGUAGAUGGAGCGUGGAGAUUGAAGAUGGAACUGUGAAUGAAGCCUUGUCAACACCCCAAAGCUGUGUAGAACAGUCCAAAAAUAUAAGUAGAAAGCCAUUAAGUGCAGCUGAAAAGCAAAGGCGCUACCGAGCCCGUCGAGAUACAAAUCCCGAGAGAAGGGCAAAAUACCUAGAAUACGAGAGGAGGAAAUGGAAAAGAGACAGGGAGCUGGGGAAGAAGAAACUCGUGCAUGAGUGCAACGUGAGCGAGCAGAUGGCAAUAAGAAGUAGAUGGAAAUUAGCCAAAGCAAAGAGCAGGGCAGCAAAAGAUGCGACUGCCAUCCUCUCACCACCGCCAGUGAGCCCAGAAUAUCAACAGCUACAUCAACACGAAGCAGAUCAUAGUAUUGACAACCAGUUUGAAUGUCUGAGUGAGGAGACAUCUGCAGUACUGCAAGACUCUGCUACAGGUUCUUCUGGACAUCAUGGACCUGUGUUCACGCUAUCAGGGUUCUCAGAAAACCACACAGACAUGAUGAAUUGCCCUGUGGUAAAAGAGGAGCCUCCUAAUACAGACACGGUUUACAUCAAGUUUGAGGUGAAGGAGGAGAACGUGUGCACGGACCAAGAGGGCAGUUCUACCUCGUGUGUUCUGGAGAGAGAGCCCCAAGAAAAAUCCCGCAUCACCCACUUCAGAGACGGUGCGUUUGGAACCAGAAGUAGACUUACUUACCGCAAUGCUCGACUGACAGAAGACAGAAGACUGCCCUCAGUCUCAAGGGUUAAAAAGAGGAUUGAUGACCGUGAGAGACAGCGGCGUUACAGGGAGAGGAUUCGUUCUGACCCGGAGAAGCUCCAAGCCUACUUGGAGAAAGACAGACGCAGAUACCAGAAGAAGAGGAAGCUGAUCCGUGAGCUUCCCGAACAGAUCCAGAAGCAGAAGAGAGCCAUGUGGAGAGAGGCCGCCCGGAGAUGCAGAGCCAGGAAAAAAAACACCCCCCAUGUGCAGUGGACAGAGCCUCUCUGACCGGUGUGGACUCCGCAGUCAGACAGGGCGUGACACAUGACAAAAAACAAAGACUCUCUUGAUUAUUAGGUGCAUUGAGCCGUGACUACACGGCACACUCUACACAGUAUUGAAUACGCAGUAAAGAACAUUUCCUCAAUUGAAAGUCCCCAGAUCUUGUUGAUAACAUGUUGAUCACUUGAUUGUGGUGCCACUUUUUUGGUUGUUCUGAAGAAAAAAGACAGUUUGUGCUACUCUGGGGCUAAUUGUUUCAGUGAAUUUUUGACAGGUCUCAAGCAGUUGUGUUUCCUAGGCACACAGUGAACUGUAUGAAUACUGCAGUCUACUCACUCAUGAGUUUUGUGAAGGCAGGGUGCAGUCAAGAAAUUUGUGACAGUUGAAAGCCCACUAAUCUUGUUUGUUGUAAAUAUAUGUUGGUACUGUAACAUAAAUCUGGUUACGUUUUUAAUGGUUCUGAUAAUACAUCUAGAGAAUAUAGGGCUGUCAGUAAGACAGUUUGUUUAAAUGAUUAUGCACUGAACAGUUAAAGAGUUUUACCACUGUAGGGUGGGUGGAUUCAAAGUGUCUAUAUAGCCAUUUUCUUUCCUUUCAUUAUGCCAUGUUGCAUGGAUGUAACACCUUUUUUUUAAGAUGCCAAACAGUUGUUUCUGAUGGAUUAAGGUUGCCUUUUUAAAUACAAAUCCACACUAUGUACAUAAUGGAUGACCUGCCUAAUUGACAAACUGAAAAGAAAACACAUUCAAUUGUA